AUGGGAGGAAACUGGGCUUCUCGAGGGGCCGGACUCGUGGUGGACCCGGGCCCCUCGCAGGCUGAGGAGGUGGGAGAGGGGGUAGCGUUAGGGUUGACGGGCACCCGGCCCCUCACGGUUCUGGCGCGGACGUGCCCUUGCCGGCCCGGCCGGGAGCCCCAUCCGCCAGUGCCCCGGCCUCUGCCGCUCUGUAAGGCCCCUCUCGGCCUGCUGCCCUCACCCGGCCCCCCGCCCCGUCCUGCAGACCGACGGAGCCAAGGGCUGUGCCCCCGUGUCCAGAAGUGGUUCUACGAGAAAUUCGGGGAGUACGUGGAAGACUUCCGGUUCCAGCCCGAGGAGAGCACGGUGGAGACGGAGGAGCCCCUCAGCGCCCGGAGGUUGACCGAGAACAUGAGGAGGCUCAAGCGCGGUGCCAGGCCUGUCACCAGCUUUGUGAAGAACCUCUCUGCCUUAUCCGACUGGUACUCCGUGUACACGUCCGCCAUCGCCUUCACCGUGUACAUGAACGCCGUGUGGCAUGGCUGGGCCAUCCCCAUGUUCUUAUUUCUAGCAAUUUUGAGGUUAUCCCUCAAUUACCUCAUAGCCAGGGGCUGGAGGAUACAGUGGAGCAUCGUGCCUGAAGUGUCCGAAGUGGUGGAGCCUCCAAAGGAAGACCUGACCGUGUCUGAGAAGUUCCAGCUCGUGCUGGAUGUCGCCCAGAAAGCCCAGAACCUCUUCGGCAAGAUGGCCGACAUCCUGGAAAAGAUCAAGAACCUGUUCAUGUGGGUGCAGCCCGAGAUCACCCAGAAGCUGUACGUCGCGCUGUGGGCCGCCUUCCUCGCCUCCUGCUUCUUCCCCUACCGCCUGGUGGGGCUGGCCGUGGGACUCUAUGCGGGAGUCAAGCUUUUUGUCAUCGAUUUUAUCUUCAAACGCUGCCCGAGGCUGAGAGCCAAGUAUGACACUCCCUACAUCAUCUGGAAGAGCCUCCCUACAGACCCCCAGCUCAAGGAGCGCUCCAGCACCGCCGUGUCACGCAGGCCGCAGACGGCCGCCUCGCGGAGCUACGUGUCCAGCACGCCCGCCGGCCUGAGCAAGGACGAGGACGCCAGUCGCGUCCACGGCGCUAAGAAGACCAAUUUCCACGAAAUCUUUAACUUGACAGAAAACGAGCGUCCGCUGGCGGUGUGUGAGAGCGGCUGGCGGUGCUGCUUGAUAAACAGAGACCGGAAGAUAACGACCGACUACAUCAGGAACGGGGUCCUGUAUGUGACGGAGAAUUACCUGUGCUUCGAAAGCUCCAAGUCCGGCUUCUCCAAGAGGAACAAAGUCAUCAAGCUGGUGGAUAUCACGGACAUCCAAAAGUACAAGGUCCUCUCCGUCCUCCCGGGGUCAGGCAUGGGGAUUGCCGUGUCCACGCCAUCAACACAGAAACCGCUCGUGUUCGGCGCCAUGGUGCACAGAGACGAGGCGUUCGAGACCAUCUUCAGCCAGUACAUGAAGAUCAUGGCGGCGGCGGCGGCAUCGGGCGGCGACAGCUAGUGUUGGCUCGCCGUGACGUCGCUGGGAGUUUUUCUUUUUUUCAACAAUUCGGUAGUGGAGAAAAAUCGGACAUCCUCGUGGUCUUUUGCAAUAACCCCCCCAUCUGUGGUUUCUAUUGUGCUGACCCUGCGUUUUACAGACCCCUUGGCUCAGGGGUCGGGACUCUCGAGGGCGCGUCUUGUGGACGCGAGGCCACCGGGAAGGAUGACACGCAGGACACACCGCCAAGCACAGCCGCGCCUUCUCUGUCCCCACCGGGUGGAGACCGGCGCAGCUGCACCCCGGUUCUCGGAGGCCAGCAGCUCUGCCACACCAAAGCCAUACGAGGAGCACGCGGGGCCCUCCCCGGGGUGAAGGACGCCGGCGACAGGCGACGUGGGGGCCCCUGGCCAGCGCCGUGAACGGGCCCGUCCUUUAGGGAGACUCCCGUGCACGUCCUGGGAGUGCGGUGCUGACCAGCUGGCCGGGAGCCCGAGAUCAGCUCCUCAGGAGGAUGCGGGGGCCCAGGAGGACAGCCGCUUCGGGGGUGCUCCGAGCCUCGGGGCCGCCCCCGCCUCCAGGCUGCUGUGCCGGGGUGGGAGUGGACCAGAGCGCCUCAGGCUGGGGUUGGGGGGGGGAGCCCAGGCUGGCAGAGGGCCUGCCCAUGGGGGCUGUGCAGGGACGCUGGGGAGGUCAGCCGGCUUUGGGGAGUGACCGCGAGCAGAGCCCAGAGGCCGGGGUCCGCACCCCUGGUGCCUGCACACACUCGGCGGGGAGGGGAGAGAGCCCUCGCCCUCGGGGAGGUCAGCGCGCAGCCGGCGUCCCAUUGGGACUGACUGGCCGAAGGGCUCGGGCACGGACACGCCCAGGAGACGGCAGGGCCGGCGGGGCCACCCCCGCUCGGCACACUCCUGACGCGGGCACCUCCGGUCCCUCCCUCAGCUUGUCCUGAGUCCUCUGGGUGUCACGGAGAUCGUUGUUUUUUGAAGAAACAGAAGAUUAUAUUUUUUACAGAGAGCAAGCUGUUUUUCUUAUUUUUGUACCGUUUUUCAGACGUAAUUUUUACCUUUGCUCCGCAUUUGCUGGUUGGGCGGGCGAUUCGGUGGCGUCACUCCUGUCACUUCUUGGUGGGGGGACCCCGCGGAGUGCGCUCGGGAGCCACGCCCACCAGCCAGACAAGCACACGCCCCAGCCCAGUUCCCGGGGGCCCUGCGGUGGCCGCCCAGCUCCUGGUCUCCCUGAGCCCGCCCGAGACCUGGGCUUUGCCCCACAGUCGGUGCAGGCGGAGCGAGUCCUGGGGGGGGGCUGUGGGUACACACCCAGCGGGACCCCCUCUGUGCCCGGGGCAAGGCAGGGCGGGCCCUGAACUAGCCCACGGUGCGUGCGGGGCGACACCCGUGGGUGCUGCUCAAGCCGCACUCCCCGGGGCUGUUGUGGGCUCGACACGUGUCCCUGUCAGCACCGUGGGACUCUGUCCCCACGCACUGUGGGCGUGUCCCUGCGUGGAACGGACUUGCCUCCUUCAGAGUGGCGUGGUUUGCUUUGAGUCCCUUCUGAGGAGCAAGGGAGAUGAAAACUGACCACGCGCGGGGCGGCCGUCCCCAGCUGCAUAGCGGCCCACGGCAGGUCCCCCUUUGGAAGCCCAGGGCCCCUCCCGGGAAGAGCGCGGGCCUGUGCGGGCUCCCUGUUGGGGAGAGCCUGGAGUUUUAUUGAGCUGUGUAAAUCUGGGCAGAUGUUUAAUUUCUGCGACUAAUCACUGAACUAGAAUGAAUGUUACAUUUUUUAUGUCUGGAGCUCGAGUCUAUUUUGGAUCUGUAAAUACUCAUAACCAGUGUAACUUUUGUUCAACAAAAGGACCGUACUGUAUGAAGAACGGAUGAAAAAAAUGCCCCUGUAACAUUUUUCUAAGAAAACCUUUUUAUUUAAAUAAACCUGUAAUGCUUUGUGCUCAGGUCGGGGGGCUGAGUUUUCCUGGCAGGGUCCCCGCGCACCGUGGACAUCUGGAGCGGGACAGGCUGGCACCACCGGCCCCUCGCCGUGGCCCAGGGUCCCUGUGGCCACUACCGCUGGAGGGCAGUGGGGACUUCAGCACCAAGGCCUUGGAGGGAGGUGGGCACCCAGGGAGUGGACCGGGGGCAGGGGAAGCUGUGGACAUUGGGAGGAGGGGGGCAGGGGCCCAGCUUCCAGAAGGAGGAAGCCAAGGAUGGGUGGUGGCCAGCGGGGGAGGCGCGUCCAGGGGCUGGCACGUGCCCCGGGGGCGGGGGGAGCUCAGGGAUGGGGCCGAAGCAGCACUUGCAGUUUGGGGUACAGGUCCUGGCCCCGCCCAGAGGCGCCUCCCCUCGGGGGCCGUGGGCAUCCCUGAGACCAGCUGCUGCUUGCAGCCCUCCCUGAGGUCUGAGGCUGAGG